UGAGAGAAGCCCUGGGGAAGGCAGGAGCCACACUUCUUCUAGAAGCUGGGUUCCUACUGCCUCUGUUCACACAUCCUGACUUCCCACCCAGGCCCUGGAUCCGACGUGGUACAGUCUCUUUGAGCCCCAUGGCCACCUGCCCCGUCCUGCAGAAGGAGAGAGUAUUCCAGUCGGGAGCCUAUGCCUACAGAAUCCCUGCCCUGCUCUACCUGCCCCGGCAGAGGACCCUGCUGGCCUUCGCAGAGAAGCGGGUGAGCAAGAAGGAUGAACACGCGGAGCUGAUCGUCCUGCGCAGGGGGAGCUAUGACGUGUCUGCCCACCAGGUGCAGUGGCAUGCUCAGGAGGUGGUGGCCGAAGCCCAGCUGGAGGGCCACCGGUCCAUGAACCCGAGCCCCUUGUAUGAUAAGAAGACAGGGACCCUUUUCCUCUUCUUCAUUGCCGUCCCCAAGGAUGUCUCCGAGCACCACCAGCUCUUCACCAGGGUCAACGUGACGCGGUUUUGCCAGGUCACCAGCACAGACCAUGGGAAGUCCUGGAGCCCCGCCAGAGACCUCACCGGCCCUGCCACUGGCCCUGCCUACAAGGAGUGGGCUACCUUUGCGGUGGGCCCUGGGCACUGCCUGCAGCUGCACAACGGGGCUCAGAGCCUCUUGGUGCCAGCCUACGCUUACCGGAAGCCCCCUGUCCUCGGGAGGCCACACCCCUUUGCCUUCUGCUUUCUCAGCCAUGACCAUGGGCACACGUGGGAGAGAGGGAACUUCGUGGCCCAGGACACCCUGGAGUGCCAGGUGGCUGAAGUCGGGGAUGCUGGGCAGAGGGUGGUGUACCUGAACGCCAGAAGCCUGCUCAGAGCCAGGGUGCAGGCCAAGAGCACCAACGAUGGGCUUGAUUUCCAGGAGACCCAGCCGGUGGGCAAGCUCGUGGAGCCUCCCCACGGCUGCCAGGGCAGCGUUGUCAGUUUCCCCAGCCCCCAGGCGGGGUCAGGCUCCUCUGCCCAGUGGCUGCUCUACUCCCACCCCACGGACCCAGAGCAGAGAGCCAACCUGGGCGCCUACCUCAACACGCAGCCACCGGGCGCCACGGCCUGGUCAGAGCCCACGCUGCUGGCCAAGGGCCCCUGCGCCUACUCGGAUCUCCAGAGCCUGGGCAUCGGCCCCGACGGCUCACCCCAGUUUGGGUGUCUGUACGAAGCGGGUAAUUACGACGAGAUCAUCUUCCUCAUGUUCACCCUGAAGCAAGCCUUCCCUGCUGAAUGUGCGGCUCAGUGAGCCCCCUGCGCUGUCUGGGGUGCUCCCGCUGGCUGCCGCUUCCUGCCCACCGGCUGAGAGGUCCCUGGCUUUGCCUGUCAGGACCUGGGAGAGCCGCUCGUGAUUCCCGUCAUUCAAAGCGUGCCAAGAGAUUUGCCUCUUGCCUUUUGUCUGUCUUCUCAAAGGGUUCUAUUUUUAGCCCAGAAAAUGGGGGGACCCGGCUUUGGCGGCCCCUCCACCAGACCAGCCUGCUGGGAGAGCUCGGCGCAGCUCGGCCUGCACACGCCCCCAGCCCAGCUUUGGUGCAGGUCCUGAGAAUUAGCUAGUCUAGCACAUUUCUUCUUGGGAAUGCUCAGGUUCCUGAGGAAAGUCUGAGACAAAGGCAUAAGUUAGCAAAGACGUGGUGUGUGUGUGUGUGUGUGUGAUGUGUGAUGUGUGAUGUGUGUGUGUGUGUGAUGUGUGGUGUGUGUGUGUGUGUG